AUGGAAGGCACUGAAGAACCUGUCGACACUUAUGCUCCAAAACUGGCUGGAACGGUUCACUGGGGUGCGGCGACUGUGGUUGGAGUGUUUGCAGGCAUGUUAUAUGGAGGUAGCAAGGAGGCAGCUGCAUCUGUGAGCAAGGAUGCAGAAGUGAUGUUAAAGCUUGGGAGCACUCCAGACAAGCGGGAACAGCAUAGAUUAAUGAGAGAUGCUAUGGAGAAAAGGUUUAUCCGAGUGGCUCGUGGUUCAAUAGUUGGUGGAAUACGACUUGGAAUGUUCACUGCUGGAUUCUAUGGAUUACAAAAUCUACUGGCCGAGAAACGGGGGGUGCAUGAUAUUUUUAAUGUUGCUGGAGCUGGAUCAGCCACUGCUGCAACGUUUGGUUUAAUUAUGCCUGGCUCUCUUCGGUGGCGUGCGAGGAAUGUGCUGCUUGGAUCAGUUCUGGGUGCAGCAUUCUGUUUUCCUCUUGGGUGGAUUCAUUUGAAACUUGUAGAAAAAGCAAAUGAAGGAAAUCCAACUGUUUAUCCUGGCUCAGGUGAGACAGGGGAAGCAAAAGGUGGCGUUGGUGCAGCAAUUGAGAGGCUAGAAGGAAACUUGAAAAAGAAAAUCUGA